GCAGCCACUUUCUCUCGCGGGAGUCUGGAAGCGCGCGGUUUUCACUUGCGGGGAAAAGGCGGCUGCCGGUCGGCUGGCUGAGGCGCUGCGCGGAAGGGGCGAGAGGCGGCCAUGCCGGCGGAGGAGGGAAAGGGCGGCGGCGGCGGCGGCGGCGGCAAUUGCUCCAGCGGGAGCGACGCAGGGCUGCCGGCCACAGGCGGGAGCGGCGAAGGGAUGGAGAUUACGGCGGCCAUGCAGCGAGAGGAGCGGCACCUGGAGGCCGAGAGCCGGGAGGAGGAGCGGCGCAUGAUGGAGCAGGCCCGCAUGUCAUGGGACAGAGACUCAAGUGAAAUGCGCUAUAAGAGGCUUCAGCAUUUGCUUGAGAAAAGCAAUGUCUACUCAAAGUUCUUGCUGACCAAAAUGGAGCAGCAGCAGCUGGAGGAGCAACGAAAGAAAGAAAAACUAGAAAAAAAGGAACUCUUAAAAAGUGCAAAGAAUGAAAAACAUGCUAAUGAAAAAGAAGGCAAAUUGGGUACAAAAAAGAGAGCCAGAGAAGAUGAAAUGUACAAUAUCUCAGAUGUCAUGUCUAAGGAGGAAAUCUUAUCAGCUGCCAAAAAAUGUAAAGCCGAAGAGAAUCAGAAUGAAAGCUCAACUCUGAAACUGUGCGCAGAAGAAUUCCUAAGUAAUGGAGACUCCAAUAGCAUUAUUAAGAACAGGCUGGCUCAGGCGGUGCGCCACGGUGCCAAGCAUUUUGUUGACCCAGUACGAAUGUUUAAUGGACAGCCAGUGCCUUUUCAACAGCCCAAACUCUUCUCUGGAGGGAUAAUGAGAUGGUACCAAGUGGAAGGCAUGGAAUGGCUGAGGAUGCUGUGGGAGAAUGGCAUCAAUGGCAUUUUGGCUGAUGAGAUGGGCUUAGGAAAGACCAUCCAGUGUAUUGCAACUAUAGCCUUGAUGGUAGAGAGGGGAGUCACUGGACCGUUCCUGGUGUGCGGGCCUCUGUCUACACUUCCUAACUGGAUGGCAGAAUUCCAAAGAUUUGCUCCUGAGGUUCCAAUAAUGCUAUAUCAUGGCACCCAGCAAGAACGACGUGCACGGCUUCAUAAAAUCAGAAAAAGGCAAGGUUCUCUGAACGUCCAUCCUGUGGUCAUCACUUCGUUUGAAAUAGCCAUGAGAGACAGACAUUCUCUUCAGAAUUUCUACUGGAAGUACUUGAUAGUGGAUGAGGGGCACAGGAUUAAGAACAUGAACUGUCGUCUCAUCAAAGAAUUGAAACAGUUUAGGACAGACAAUAAGCUGCUGUUGACGGGCACGCCCUUGCAAAACAAUUUGUCCGAACUUUGGUCCCUGCUGAACUUCCUGCUUCCCGAUGUCUUUGAUGACUUGAGAAGCUUUGAGUCCUGGUUUGACAUUACCAGUAUUUCUGAAACUGCUGAAGAUAUCGUUGCCAAAGAAAGAGAGCAGAAUGUCUUGCACAUGCUGCACCAGAUCUUGACGCCUUUCUUACUGAGGAGGCUAAAAUCAGAUGUUACUUUGGAGGUUCCUCCCAAGCGCGAAGUUGUCGUCUACGCGCCUCUUGUGAAGAAACAAGAAACAUUCUACAUGGCCAUAGUCAACAAGACGAUUCGGAAGUUGUUGGGAGACGACCAGGAACCAGUCAUUGAAUUGAACUCUGCAGGCCGGCCAAAGCGUCGAAGUCGGAAGCUGGUUAACUAUCGUGAACCUGGUGAAGAUGAUUUCCCUGAUGAACUGGAAGUAUUGAUCAGCAAACGGCAAGAGGAAGUUGAAAAAGAGAGGCCCAUGGUAGAAAUGAACCAGCCUUUGGACUCAGAAAUCAACCUGAAGAUGCAGAACAUUAUGAUGGUGUUAAGGAAAUGCUGCAACCACCCAUAUCUUAUUGAGUAUCCACUGGACCCUGCCACACAGCAGUUUAAGGUUGACGAGGAUCUUGUGAAGAAUUCAGGCAAGUUCUUGCUCCUGGAUCGCAUGCUGCCAGAACUAAAGAAGCGGGGGCACAAGGUGCUGGUAUUCUCACAGAUGACCAAAAUGCUGGACAUCCUGAUGGACUACUGCUAUCUGAGGGACUUCCAGUUCAGCCGCCUGGACGGAACGAUGUCUUAUGCAGAGAGGGAAGAAAAUAUGCAUAAUUUUAACACCGACCCAGAGAUUUUUAUCUUCCUGCUGAGCACACGGGCUGGAGGUCUUGGUAUUAAUUUGACAGCUGCUGACACCGUCAUCAUUUAUGACAGCGACUGGAAUCCUCAGUCUGACAUUCAGGCCCAGGACCGGUGUCACCGGAUCGGCCAGACCAAGCCAGUGGUCGUCUACCGGUUUGUAACGGCAAACACCAUUGACCAGAAGAUUGUGGAGAGAGCAGCUGCCAAGAGGAAGUUAGAGAAGCUGGUCAUCCACAAAAAUCAGUUUAAAGGGGGCAGAUCUGGAGUGAGCAAGAGCUGCUUGGAUCCCAAGGAAUUAAUGGAGUUGUUGCAGUCUAGAGACUAUGACAGGGAAGUGAAAGGCUCCAGAGAAAAAGUAAUAUCCGACAAAGAUCUAGAGCUACUUUUGGACAGAAGUGAACUUCUUGAUCAAAUGGAAAAGUCUGCACCACUGAAACAGAAAAAGGGCGUUUUCAAGGUAUUGGAAGCCGUGGAGGAAGCCAGCCUGGAAUGUGCACUCUGAAAUAGGAGCAUCUGGCAUUCAGAGGACGACAUGUGCGCGCCCUUAACCUGGACUUAAAAUACUGCAGAGAUGGGCACUGUUUAGCACAUUCAAACCUUGGUUCUGAUUAUAGUAUUUUCCAAGAGGUGGCAGAAGACUGGUCAGAUGUGGAGUUGCCAAAUUGGGCAGUGUGAUUAGUGGCUUUUUGGGGAGCUCCUCGUCAAUAAAUAACUGGCAGAUAACUUUUCACUGGCCAUUGCAGCUGCUACUAUGUACAGUUUUCUAUGGAAAUUCUGCAAAAAAGGUGUUUUUUUAAACAAUGUUUUUAUUCCUUUGUCAGUUUUAUGUGGCAGGAGACUGUUCUGUGUGUUUGUUUACAAGGUGCGACUGUAGUAUUUGGUAACUUGGAAUGAUUCCUUUCCAUUGGUUUGAAGUGCGUGCAUUUUAGUUGAGAAGCUCGAGCUGCCAAAGCUCCCGAUCGCUCUGUCCUGCCUGGCUCUUCCCUCCACAGCCAGGAUCUGGGGGGGCCUGACUGUGCUGACUGCUGGGCCUCCCUUUUCGCUCUAGUGUGUUACGCGAAACAAUAAAGUUCACUCGUCUGUGUAAUAA